CCACCACCCCCCAUAACAUUACAAAAACACACAGCGCAAAUUUUCCUUCUUUUCUAUGUUUGCUGUUCUUGGUCUCCGCAGUUUCACUGGGGUUUUUCCUUUAUCUCCGUUGUCGUUCUGCUUCUUCCUUCGCGGCGGCGAGCUCCCCCCUUCGUUUCCUCCUUCCUUCCUUCCUUCUUCUUCCUUGCCCCCCUCGUUCCGAACCCUGUGAAGCUGAAACGUAUCGUUCGUUUUUUCCUCGGGCGGGGUGACGUCUCGGAGGAGUGUUUUGGUGGAGAGAACGGACUCGUUCCCAUUUUUACCAAACCCCAUGGCUUGAAUCCGAAGUAGUGCGAAUUUGGUGAGGACUUUCUUGGGUCGCAGCGGGAGGGUGAGAAAGAUAAAAGAAAGGAGAAGAUUCGCGGCGAAUCCCACCUGCGCGACACUGUGCAUUGCGCGAACCUCGUCCCUCCGUACGUGCGGAGUGUGGAUUCCCGUUUCCGGUUGGGUGGAGGAAGGGGAGGAAUCGAUUCUCUGCGCCUUGCUCUUGAAGACGUUGAGGCCGUGCUUUAAGGCGAGGAAGCACUCGGAAGCUUCUCUCUCUCUCACUGGUUCUUGGUGCUCUUUUUUGGCUAUUAAAGAAACUGGAGUCUCAGAAGCGUUUCUGAGGUGUCGACAGUUGCUCGGUCCACUCUCGGCCUGUUCAAGAACGUAAAAGUUUGGUCUUUCGGAGCUCUUCGGGCUAUUAUGUUGGUUUGAACUCUUUCUGAAGUCCGUCGUUUCACAUGUUUUUGUAUUUUUCGGAAAGCUCCAUUGUAUUCUGGUGUGGAUGGUGCCUGUUGCUUUCGUUUCUUUCUCGGAGGAUGGGCAAUGAAAGUCUCGUGUUCAUGGGUCUGCGAAACUGAAGCAUGGAACGCGCUUUAGCACUUUGUCCUUUUUUGCCAGUUUCAGACACAAAUGAGCAAGUGUUGAGCAAGCAAAGACGGUUGUUGGUCUAAAGUUUUUGUUUUUUUCUUUUUUACCCGUCUGCAAAAAUGGCUUUGAAUUGUGUGGUUCCUCUGGAAAGCAGAAGAGCCGUGAGCUUGUUGUUGCUUCUGAUGCUUUGCUUACAGAGUUCAACUGUGGAGUGCCAAAACAGGACGUUCAGGCACUUAUCGACUGAGCCUCCAUCUUCAUCUAAAGCACCUGAGUUCAAGACUGGGUUUAGGAGAGUAAUCCUCAGUGUCGUGUUGGGAGUGUUGACUGGAUUAAUCUCAGCCCUUCUCGUGGCUUGCCUGGUUAAAUCCUUUAUUCUGUACAUCCACAGAACCCCAAUCCUCAAAGGGCCGGUUGUGUUUUCCCCAAAAGUCUCACCCAAAACCCUCCAGACGGCCCUCGAGAACGAAAGCCAGUUGCUCGGAUCUAGUCCGAAUGGGCAGUAUCAUAGGACCGCCCUCGAUAAUGGGCUUGUAAUCGCGGUCAAGCGGCUUGAGCAGGUUGAGGGCGAUUCGCCGGGGAUGCAAAGCAAAUUGGCCAAGAGACGGAUCCAGAAGGAGCUGGAAGUCCUAGCGGGGUUGAGGCACGUGAAUUUGAUGAGCUUGAGGGCUUACGUUUGCGAGCCAAAUGGUUUGUCGCUCAUUUAUGAUUAUGUGCCGAAAGGAAGCCUCAAGGACCUGAUGAAGAGGGUUCGGGAGGAUCAGCUGCAGCUCAAGUGGGAAGCUAGGCUCGGGAUUGCUGUUGGGGUGAUUAAAGCGCUUCAGUAUCUUCACUCUGCGUGCAGCCCUCAGGUCCUGCACUGCGACCUGAAGCCUGCGAAUGUGUUGUUGGAUGCCGAGUUUAGUCCGAGGCUGGCGGACUGUGGAUUGGCGAGGCUCGUGCCGAGUUUGCAUCGGACGUCCGAAUAUAGCGCUCCGGAGUGCUUGCGGGAUUCCAGGUACACAGACAAGAGCGACAUUUUCAGCUUCGGCAUGAUACUGGGGGUUCUCUUGACAGGUAGAGACCCCACGGACCCAUUCUUCAGUGAAGCGGCCAGCCGAGGAAGCCUGGGGCGCUGGCUCCGCCAGUUGCAACAGGCUGGGGAGGCGAGAGAAGCUCUGGAUAAGAGCCUUCUCGGGGAAGAAGCGGAGGAGGAUGAUAUGCUGAUGGCGGUUAGGAUUGCUGUCAUUUGCCUCUCCGACUUCCCUGCCGAUAGGCCUUCUAGCGACGAGCUCGUCCCAAUGCUGACCCAACUGCACAGCUUUUGACUUCGAAAAAAAAGAAAAUUAAUGGAAAAUGUAAGUAUCAGAUUUUUGGUUUCCUUGGAGCUUGACAAAAUUGAAAGACAUGAAAAAUCUGCUUGCCCUUUGGAUAAAUGGCUUGAGGUUCAUGUUGAGUUAUACUCUUAAUUAACUAAAACAGAGCUGAUGAUAUUUUUGUUCUAUCCUUAUGGGAUGUGUUCUUUUUCUGGUAUUUUGGUUUAGUAGUUCACUGUAUGUGAUGUUCUGAUCGUUGUCUGUGCUACUGGUGGUCAACUCUUGUUACUUCUCCGGGCUUCUCUAAUUCUUUAAUUGAGAUUUCAACGAAAUGUCUAUAUAUAAUUUUUCCAUAUUUUGGCAUUCUACGUCAACUUUGUCAUAUAGCUUUGGUUAGUAUCCUAUCUUACCCACUUCUGUACCUGUGCCUUUAGAAGAAACAGCAUGUGGAAAAUGAGAUUACAGGUGCUGUGAUUUUGACUGGACUGAUGUCAGCAGGCAUUGACUUUUUGACAUUUUUUGUGAACCAAUCUGGCACUUAAGUCUCGGUUUUGUUGUUUAUUGAUGGGGCUUCUCCUUGUCUCUGGGUUCAUAACUUCAGACCCAUUUGCUCAGGGGUCAAAGCUUUAGCCCAACAGAAAGAGAAAUAUCUGCAUGGAACCUGCAAAUUGAUCCCUGUGAACGAGUUUCUCAGACCCUAAUGGCAAAGUAUAUUGUUCAUUUCGGGGUCGUCUCACGAGUUAUAAGAGCGUUUCGGCUUUCAUCGCUGUCGAUGCUGUCGAUGUACUGGUCAUGUGGCCGUGAAAGGUAAUCCAUCACGAAGGAGGGAUGUAACGAGCUUUUUUCUCAAAUGUACCCAGCAGUGGACAUCAUCCUAAUUCCUGGAAGCGUGAGACGUGCUUUCUGGGAGAUGCCCAAUUAUGCAAGUUUUGCUGGGGUUUUGGGUGUUUGUCCUGGUAGGAAAGUUCAAAAGCAAUUAAUGUGGUAUUUGUCCUUCCUAAAGCGAAGGACAAAAGU